GCAUCCCCGCGUCCCCCAGCUCCCAUUGGCAGAGGCCGUAUGGAGCUGGGCUCUAAUUGGCCCCGCGGCCAGCAGCCGGUCCGCGCCUCCCCGGGUAUUUCUUGGGCACGGAGCGGGGGGUCGCGGUGCGGAGCCGGAGCGCGGUAUUGUCGCACGGGAUGGCUCAGUGGUGUCAGCUACAGCAACUUGAUUCCAAGUUUUUGGAGCAAGUUCACCAGCUAUACGAUGACAGCUUUCCUAUGGAGAUCAGGCAGUACCUGGCACAGUGGCUGGAAAACCAGGAUUGGGAACAUGCAGCCAGCAACGUAUCUUUCGCUACGGUGUUAUUCCAUGACCUGCUGUCACAGCUUGAUGAUCAAUUUAGCAGAUUCUUGAUAGAAAACAACUUUUUGCUGCAACACAACAUAAGGAAAAGUAAACGUAAUCUUCAGGAUAAUUUCCUAGAAGACCCAAUACAAAUGGCAAUGAUCAUCAGCAGCUGUCUGAAAGAAGAGAGAAAAAUACUGAGCAGUGCCCAGCUGUCGAAUCAGAUGGAGGUAGGGAGCAUACAGAACACUGUGAUUGGGAUGCUGGACAAACAGAAGGAGCUUGAUGCAAAAGUUAAAGCUGUAAAAAACAGUGUUAUAGACGUGGAGCAAGACAUCAAGACAUUAGAGGAUAUGCAAGAUGAAUAUGACUUCAAAUGUAAAACCUUGCAGAAUAGAGAGCACGAGUCCAACAGUACGUCACAGGAGGAAUAUAAGAAAGAACAGAUGAAUCUCAAGAAGAUGUUUUUAUCACUUGACCUGAAGAGAAAGGAAGUGGUGAACAAGAUAGUACUGCUGCUGAAUGCCACAGAGCACACACAGAGUGCUCUUAUUAAUGAGGAGCUGGUGGAGUGGAAACGCAGGCAACAGACCGCAUGCAUUGGUGGCCCACCCAACGCCUGUCUUGACCAGCUACAGAACUGGUUCACCAUUGUUGCUGAAAGUCUACAGCAAGUUCGUCAGCAGCUCAAAAAGCUUGAGGAGUUGGAACAGAAGUUUACUUAUGACCCUGAUCCCAUCACAAAAAAUAAACAAGUUCUGCAGGACCGAACGCACAGUCUUUUCAAACAACUCAUCCAGAGCUCCUUUGUGGUAGAGAGGCAACCUUGCAUGCCAACACAUCCUCAGAGGCCACUAGUCCUGAAGACAGGAGUACAGUUUACUGUAAAGUUAAGAUUGCUGGUGAAAUUGCAGGAAUUGAACUACAACUUGAAAGUGAAAGCCUUAUUUGAUAAAGAUGUAACUGAGAAGAACUCAGUCAAAGGGUUCAGGAAAUUUAAUAUUUUGGGAACAAGCACAAAAGUAAUGAACAUGGAAGAAUCUACUAAUGGAAGUCUAGCAGCAGAAUUCAGGCACUUGCAACUGAAAGAACAGAAAAAUGCAGGAAGCAGAACAAAUGAGGGUCCUCUCAUUGUAACAGAAGAACUUCACUCUCUGAGUUUUGAGACGCAGCUGUGCCAGCCUGGCUUGGUAAUAGACCUAGAGACCACAUCCCUCCCCAUUGUUGUGAUCUCAAAUGUGAGCCAGCUUCCAAGCGGAUGGGCUUCUAUCUUAUGGUUCAACAUGCUGUCUACUGAUCCCAAGAACUUGUCCUUCUUUCUGAAUCCACCUUAUGCAAAGUGGUCUAAACUUUCUGAAGUUCUGAGUUGGCAGUUUUCUUCUGUAACAAAGAGAGGACUUAACGCCGAUCAGCUGAGCAUGUUGGGAGAAAAGCUACUUGGGCCAACAAGUGGAGGAUCUCACGAUGGCCUUAUUCCUUGGACAAGAUUCUGCAAGGAAAAUAUAAAUGAUAAAAAUUUCCCCUUUUGGCUGUGGAUUGAGGGAAUCCUGGAACUUAUUAAGAAACACCUCCUGUGUCUUUGGAAUGAUGGCUGCAUCAUGGGUUUCAUCAGCAAAGAGAAAGAACGUGCUUUAUUGAAGGACCAGAGUCCAGGAACAUUUUUACUGAGGUUCAGUGAAAGCAGCAGAGAGGGAGCAAUCACAUUUACCUGGGUAGAAGGAUCUCAAAUUGAGCCCCAGUUCCAUUCGGUGGAACCAUACACCAAGAAGGAGCUCUCUGCUGUUACUUUCCCUGACAUCAUUCGCAACUACAAAGUGAUGGCAGCUGAAAACAUUCCUGAAAAUCCACUGAGAUUUCUGUACCCAGAUAUACCCAAAGACAAUGCCUUUGGCAAAUAUUACUCCAGGCCUAAGGAGGCACCAGAGCCUAUGGAUUUGGAUGGUCCCAAGGGACACGGCUACAUCAAGACUGAGUUAAUCUCUGUAUCUGAAGUCCACCCUUCCAGGCUCCAGUCUCCAGAAAAUCUGCUCCCCAUGUCUCCUGAAGAGUUUGAUGAGGUGUCUCGGAUGGUGGGCCCAGCAGAGAUUGACACUGUGGUAUGUAUCGUAAUCCAGCCUUUUGCAGGAGGGUUGAGCCACAAUUUGCUUUUUUCCUUUUUUUCCCUUUCAAAUGCAUAGGAAAAGCUGGGAAUCCAGCGUUAGACUGGGAUUGCUGUCAGCUGUUGUUUCCACUUGUUUGUGAGGAUGGGGAUAGGGAUGAAAAACAGGAGAACAAAGCUAUCUGUAUAUCUUUCAGGGGGAGGGAAGGCAGGAAGGGAUGAAGGGAGAACGCUGUGGUCCUUUCUGUGGGGUCUGGGUUAGGAGGGAAGCUGGAGCAAGUGUGCGGCUUGGCAGUGUUGCCUUGCCAAGGCUGGCAAGGUGCUGCCUCUUAACAGAGCAGUCAUCCCUUUGGGGUGUACUUCAGAAAAAUCCAAUCUCGCCCCCAUAGUAGUUUCAUCCUAAGAUGCAAACCUGGUGCUAUUUGGGGAGGACCUGCUUGUGCUCUGUGAAUAGCAAAAACUAGAGCAUUAGGGCUCUACUUGGCUUGUUUAGUUGACAUUUGCUUUUCUUGUUGCAGAUGUGUUCAGCGUAUUCAACUUAAAAGUUGAGCUUUUUACUGCAUCAUUAACAUCGCUGAUUAGCUUAUGCAUCUUGCUCUGCAGCCAAUGGCUCGGUGACAUGCUUCACUUCAGUUCUUUGGUUUCUCCACCUGAAGGUCCAGUAGCAAUUUUUAACUAAUGGGAAUAUAAACAGCAGUCUGAGUAGCCUCCUUCCAUACACUUCUUUUGUUCAGAAGUUCUUUGUUAAGGAAUUUUCAGUUAGUGAGAUACCACACCAGAGUGGAGGAAGAGAAGAAGAUAGGAAUGAGAGGUCCUCAGGAAGAGUGAUAGGAAUAACAUGCAUUUUUUGUUUAAUGGAAUUAGUUAAAUGUAAUGUUUAAAACAGUUGGCUGUACAUAGGCGGCUUCACAGGGAAUUUGGUUCUUUUGCAGAGGUUCUGUUCAGAGAGCUUACACCUUCUGCAUAACUUCUUCUGAAGAAUUUCAUAGCUUUGAAUUUUCAUGUGUCACAGAAAGUAGAAGAGGAACACUCUGCAGGUGUAUGCUACACUGAAUCCAUCCUGCUGGAGCUUGUCCUGCUUUUAUCUUUUCUAAGGGCAUGGCAUACUUAGAAAACAUUAGCCAGAACAUUAUAGAAUCCCAGACUGGUUUGGGUUGGAAGGGACCUUAAAGCUCAUCUAGUUCCAAACCCCUGCCAUGGGCAGAGACACCUCCCACUAGACCAGGUUGCUCCAAGUCCCGUCUAGCCUGGACCUGAACACUGCCAGGGAUCCACAACUUCUCUGGGCAACCUGUUCCCGUGUCUCACCACCCUCACAGUAAAGAAUUUCAUCCUAAUGUCUCGCCUGAAUCUUCCCUCUGUCAGUUUAAACCCAUUCUCCCUUGUCCUGUCACUACAUGCCCUUGUAAAAUCCCUCUCCAGCAUCCUCGUAGGCCCCCUUUAGGUACUGGAAGACUGUGAAAAGGUCCCCCCAGAGCCUUCCCUUCUCCAGGCUGAACCAGCCCAGCUCUCUCAGCCUGGCUCCAGAGCAGAGCUGCUCCAGCCCUCGCAGCAGCUCCAUCCCUCCUAUGGACUUGCUCCAACAGCACCAUGUCCCUCUUGUGGUAUUGCCCCAGACCUGAACACAGGACUGCAAGGGGGUCUCAUGAGAGUGAGAUUUCAUUUUUGUUUGUUUCCUAAGGCAAGGUCUUCUUGCAUAGGAUAUUCAGCACAGUCUUCCUUAGAAAGAGCACUUCUUAGGACACCACCUUAAAGCUGCAUUGUCACAUUCUGAGAUUGCAACUCCAUGUGUACAAUCAAGACUAAAGCCUCCAUAGUCUGCAGUUGUGCUGUCUUGCACUUGCAGCACCAGACAAAACGAGAAACUACCCUUAAAGAGUGCAAAAGGGGUUGACGUGUGUUUUUACUCACUGUGCUUAAUCCACCAAGGCGAGGAUCUGGUCAGCUUGUAUCUUUUACAAUAAUACAUGCUCCAUUUAGGUUAUAACAAGUGGAAUGGAACUUUUCUCAUGCACUAUGAACCAGGGCAUUUAUUUAACUGUUGAUUUGAAUAGCUACAAGACCCUACAGGUUUUGAUACUGAAGUGAUUUUGCAAUUAGGAAUAAGGCACAGGAAAGUAAAAGUAGUUCAAUUUAAAUGGAAUAACGGCUGCAGGAUAGGCAGUCUUUAGUACGUAAAGGAUGAAGUUGUGCUUCCACCAGAGGAGGAACAGAUUUGUUUCUCUGCAUGCUUGAAGAUAAUUAACCAUUCACAGUUAAGAGGCAAGGUUGUCUUAAGUAGCUGAUCUCUUGGACUAGGGGCAUGUAUUAGUCCAGACUGCUCACUAGCACACGGCUGAGCACAGGGACUGCAGAACACUGGUACUGGAUCCCACAUGUUCAGGUACAGGCCCUGCUCGAGCUUGGACAAGAUGACCUCCAGCAGUCCCUCCAAUCUCAGCCCAUCUGUGACACAGUUGCUCCUGCAUCUUCUCACUCCACUGCUGUCUAUGCCUAAUGCUGGGGAGGGCAGCAGCGGCCAGUGAGCCUCAGGGGUGGCAGAGCUGCUUCUCCACCACUCAGAAAUGCUAGAUUGAUCGCCUGCUGCUUUGAAGUUAAACAACUAGUUCAGUUUAGCGUUGUGCCCAGGAAGACUGAUGUGCCCCCUACAAAACUCAAGAGAAAGAAAACUGAAAGGACCUAGAGCACGUAACAUACGUAUUUAAAUGGAAAGCAUUGCUAAAUGGACUUGGUUUUGGUGCCCUGUGUUACAGAGGUUAACAGUACGACACAAUAUCACAUGCGGUGACUGAAUGCCUUUAUCUUUCUGUAACUAGCUGAAUGUGUAUGUUUAUUGUAAUACAAAAAUCAAACACUUGUUUCUUGAGCUACACAUUGUACUCAUGUUCUACAUGCAACAGUUUGUUUUCAUUACUUUUAUACUUCAAUUUUAUCAAUCCUGGUGAAGUUUUCUAGUGAGAUUUAAAGCCAUGGCCUUAUUCAUGGCUUUGUCUUUACACAGUCCAUAGUUCUAAAACCUGUUUUUUCCCCUGAUGGAAUAGCCUUUUGCCAUUUUAAAUAAAUGGAACUGUCACAGUUGACAGUUUUGUCCUUUCUCGUGUUUUGGCUACUGCUAUUGCAAUGAUGAUGUGUCUGCCAAUAGAUUACUGUCUAUCUCAUUUUAAACUUGUUUGUGUUAUGCAACAGUUAGAGCGGUGAAGCCCAUGGCAGUACUGAUGCUUUUAAUUCACUGCACUGGUCUGCCCAUCUGCAUUACAGAGGUCUUGGAAGGUGGCUGUUAGAAUGAUUUAUUAUUAUUACUUUUCUUCCCCAACCAAACUUCAAUAAACCAGACUUGAAUUUCUAGCUUGAGUUCAUCAGUAGGAUAACUAACUGACCUACAGCUAAACUUGGUAAGCCCUCAAGCUGGGCCACUGCUGCACCACUUUUCACUGGGGCUAUUGAGUGCCUCACACUUGUCAGGCUUUUAUAUUAAUGACACAGCCAGAAGUAUAAUAAAGGAACGAAACAGUUGGUGAGGUGAAGGAUAGCAGGGGUGAAGAGUAGGCAGGAGAACGGCAGAGCUGUUGAGGGCACUUGGCCAAUCCAUGUAAGAAUCCCAUUAACAAAAAGCGAUCAGUGAAAGGACGCAGAAAAACAAAGCAAAGCUACAUCAGAUAAACUCAUUCUAACUUCCUGUAAGUUUUGCACAACAGAAAUGGCCAAAGGAGGUUUUCCUGGACAGCCUUCCCCAUGACCGAAGGCUUUACUUCAACAUCAGCCACACAGAUAACCAGUAAAACCCACCACAACCAUCAUCUUGGUAUUUCCAUUUAUUAUGCUGUAAAAAGCAACACUAUCUGGAUUUUAUUUCUUAAAAUAAAUAACUUUCAUUUUCAGAACCAGUACAGCUCAAGUUUAGAUUCAUUCAUGGGAAACUGCUAGAAAUACAUUCAUCACUGUCUAUUCCCCACAAUACCAAAUCUAAGAGUCAAGAUCAGCCCAGUCAGUUACAAUGACCAGAAGUACACUGCCAAUAAGUAUAGUCACUGAUAGUCCAGCUCUGAAGCAAAAAAAUCUGGUACAAUACAUUUUGUUCACAAAGAUAGGCCUAAUUAAUGCUAAGACUAUCACAAUAUUUCUGAGUACAAAGCAUUAAGUUAGCUUGACGAUUUUAGGUUGUGAUACAGAAGAAACAUACAUGACAUAAAAACAAAGGAGUGGGGGAAUCCUCUUUGGAGCAUAAGGAAGUCAGCGGUUGAUAAGAUAACCAAAAGCUAUUUACGAUAAAAUCUACAUGUCAGUGUCAUGAAUUCUAAACAGCCAAACCAAUGUACUGCAUCUACUGAUAUUUAUAAAUAUAACGCCAUGUCUAAAUAGCUGCAUCGCUGAAUUGGACAUUACAAAAUAAUCCAUCUUCUCACAAUGAGAAAAUACUAAAACUAACCAGCAAAAAUGCACUGAAGCUAGGACCGGCUAAAAGCACUCGGUAUGAUUCAGGAAAGCAUUAAGGUUAGGGACAGCCACGAUCCGUAAAUGUUAACUCAGUUAAAAUCCUUCUUUUGGGUUGGUUUGGUUUGUGUGUGUUUGGUUUUUAAUAUACUUGUAUUAUAUAAUAUACCUCUAUUUUAAAAAUGCCAGUUCAAGCAAUGCAAAUUUCAGUUAAAUAAAGCUGAAUCAGGUAUUUUUCUGAGAAGCUAAAGGAUAUGUCUUAAUGGGAAAUAAAAUGUGGAAGAAGUCAGAUUAGCACUGAGAUACAGACUAUUUAACUAGAAUCCAUCUGAAAAUAUUCCUCUAUGCUAAAGUUGACAGAGAAAACAUGCUGGGAUUUAGUUCAGGGUGCAGCAGGGCAGAGGCCUUGUGCUACUUGGUGACUGAUAUGGCUCAAAGAGCCACAGGGCAUUUCGUGUAGUUCUUGGUUAGAAGUGGGGAGGCUGUGAUACAGGAUGUGAAAAGAAUGGGUUAAAAGCCUUCAGAAAAAUAGCUGAUCUCCAGGAAAAAAAAA